AUGUCAGACCCAGCUGAUUAUAACGUACAGUAUCAGUACCAGAUCUCCAAAAAAGACAAGAGGCGACAACAGAUACAGUCCAAGCUUGGCAAGGUCGAAGACCAGUUUCAGCAAGAUAAAGAUUAUUUUUACCGCGACUCGCUAAUUCAGCUUCAGUACAAGCUCAGCUCGCUUCACUCCGGCGAUAACCCGCAGUACAUGCAGCGGAUCCGGGAUUUCGAAGAGGUUAGAGACGCAGAGCUUGUGCGGUUGAGGCUGGCGGAGGAGUACCAAGUCCAGCUGAUCAACAAGCAAUUCAAGGAGGACUACGACAGUGCUGUGCAGGAGCGCGAGAGGGUGGUGCAGCUGUUGAAGGAGAAACUCCACGAGCGCAUCCUCAAGAAGAUUAAACAGCUCAAGGAAGACAAGGCACUAAUUGAUAUAGCCACGACCUCAUCUUCUCACACAGCAUCGAGAUACACAACAAACGGGAGCGCGCAUAGAGAAAACGGAUAUAACAGUGGAUUCGAGUCUUCGACCUCAUUUUUCUUUCCUGGAGAAAGACGUUCUCGCCGAACGCAUAACAAGCGGUACGAUGGUUCGCUGAAUUUGAGCAAUGCUGAGGAUUCUUACGACUCGGGAACAGGCACAGGAACCGCCACAGGAUACGCCUCGAGCUCGUCAAGAAAAAGGCAGAAGCCUAGCCGGCAUCUUGGUGGCCAUGUUUCCCGGAACGGAGACGUUUCAUCUGCUGGGGAGGAAAGCUCCAACUCUCUCAAAGUUCUUACCGACAAUCCGGAGUUGAACGAGUUCCUUUACGGCGAGGAGUUUAUCAAGCGCCAGGAAAAGGCCAACACAAGGCAUUCCACAAGAAGCUAUCAGGGCUGUCCAGGCCUGAAGCCGGAGGAGGUGAACGAAGACCUGAAUUUUUUGCGCGGGGCCAUCGGUGCCAUUCAAAGCAUGAAGAAGAAAUAA